ACAGAGAAGAAGGAUAGUUAAGAGAGAUGGAAGUAAAGUCGUUCUUAGUUGAAUCGGCGCCAUUUGCAGCCAUGGUAGCUGUGGAGUUCCUGAUUGUAGGCUUAACUACCCUUAGCAAAGCUGCCAUUUCCAAAGGAAUGAGCCACUUUGUCUUCGUCGUCUACUCAAAUGCUCUGGCUUCCAUCGUUCUUCUUCCAGCUGCUUUCUUCACAAGGAAAAGCGACCACCGAUUACUUUACCUUUGCUCUGCAAGUUUUUCUUGUUAAGUAUUGCCGGGUAUGCAAUUAGAU